AUGGACACGGGAGCAACAGACGAUAGCGAUUACGAGGAUUCAGAGCGCGAAGCAAGUCUUGAAGAUGUGAUUCCCAGUACCGGAUUGCCCAGAGACAACCAGGUUGAAACUGUGGCUUCAGCCCGUAACAGCCCUGUGAAAAACUUUCACUCAUCCAAAUGGAGCCGAUUGGGCAAGCAGCACAACCCAAAAUAUCUCGACCUGUUCCGAAAAUCGUGGCAAGAUGACUACGAUCCUACCGAAACGGAAGCACUCGAAGCUAGCCAGAUUGGCGUUGUCAGAUGGCAACCGGAUGAGAAAGUGCGAGUGUUUCGGGCGCUCGAAAGACACGGACGGCACGACCUGUCUUUAUUAUCGCGCGAAAUCGGUACAAAGUCUGAACUCGAAGUUAAGCAAUAUCUGGAUAUCUUGCAGCGGGUUGAGUUGGAUCGGCAGUUGUUCAGCCGCCAAACCAAGAACAUCACUGGUUUUGAAAUUCCUGCAGCGAUUGAGAUUGGGGUAGAGCUUGAGGGUGUGUUGGAAAAAGCUGCUGAUGCACUCGCUGCAAACCAGGAGCAGUAUGACUUCGCUGUUGCAUCUCGUGGUUACGAGCUGCCAUACAUUAUCACGAAAGACGUUGCUACACAGAUGGAUGCAAGCACGGACGCCAAAGAGCUAGCACUAAAUGAUGCAGAUCUGGAGAAUCGAGAUCUGGCAGUUCAGAAGCCUGAUAAUAUGUUCAAAAUAACAAACAUGUGUGGUCUGAGCGAAGACAUAUUCAUGCAAGGCACCGGCGACCGCCCCAUGGACAAUUGGAUGAACGUGGCGGAGAGCGGAGAGCUACCAUCAAUCACCCAAGAUGUGUUGGCUGACCUCUACGAGCUGGUCGAAAGCCUGACAAGGCGCAUUAUCCAGACGGUCAUUUUCGUUACGGAUUCCCGGAUCAGGGCGACGACUAGCUCUUACAGACGGCCUUCAGCCACUAUUGGCAUCGAGGACGUCGAAACAGCGCUGGACAUACUCAACUUGAAGCAGAGUCUAUGGAACUUUUGGGUCACCUUUCCCGGUCGUCGCGGGCUGGGAGUUAGAUCCGGUUCCCACCAAAAAGGUGCCACAAAGACCGCAUUCUUAGACCUGGACGAAGUCAAGGCAAAGCUCUCGGAACCACAAUAUCGUGGCCGCCACUCUCGAUCGCGCUCACACGGUUCGGCCUCUGGCAUAUCUGAAGAGACAAGCACCGCAUCGGCCGAUUUGAGCGGCAGUGAGAUGUCGUUGGACGGAGACGGCAUGUUUCACAGCCCACAACCCGCUGAAGCCGACUAUGUCGAUGCUGAGGAGGAGUUAGAGGAGGAAGAACUUAGCGAAUACCUCUCAGAUGAGCAGCGGGCUGAUCCUGCACCUGUCUCUCGAACGAAACGUAAGCGCCUGCUCGAGGAGGAGCAAGACAGGUACAUGGAAGAGCUCGAUCAGCAGGCCCGCCAAGCUGAAGAGCAGCGGAUCGUGAAUCUUCUUGGUCUAGAAGAUGCUGUGUCACACAGCGAGGAAGAGGAUCAUCCUUUGCGCAAACGACCAAAAGUCCUGCGCAAGGGGGUCGAGGACGUCUACAUUUGGCGCGCACCGUAUCUCGCUGAAUGGGAGGCACGUGAUAUGACAGCUUCCGUUUUUGGUUGCGGAACCUCUGCAGUAGAGUCUCGUGGUGUUACCGACAUGCCACCUUCCUCCGAACUGUCAUCGUGA